AUGUCCUCUGGCGACCACGAACGUUUCGCCCCGCGCUGGUACAGGCCACGACGGCUCGCCGUUUUUGGCGUAAUUGCGGUUCUUUUCCUACUGACGGCGGCCUGCAGCCAGGGCAUCCAAUCCACAUGGGAUCCCAUUGGUCCGGUGGCGCAAAAGCAGCUUCAGCUGUUUGAAGUGCUUGUCUGGACCAUGGUAAUCGUCUUUGUGCUGGUUGAGGGCGCCCUCAUCUACAUCGUCAUCCGCUACCGGCGCCGCCCUGGGCAGCCACGCCCCCCGCAGAUUCACGGGCACACUGCGCUGGAAGUCACGUGGACGAUCGUUCCCACGGUGCUGAUCCUGGGGCUGGGCAUCUGGUCGGUGUUCACCCUGUUCGAGUUGGACCAGCCUCCCACGGACCAAGGGGAGAUCCUGGAGGUCACGGUCACCGGCCACCAGUGGUACUUCGAGUUUGAAUACGCGGACGCGGACGGUAACGGCAAGCUGAUCAGCACGGCCAAUGAUCUGCGCAUACCCGUGGACCGUCCCAUCUCACUGAUUCUCGAAAGCGACGACGUGCUCCACAGCUUCUGGGUGCCCAAGCUGGGCGGCAAAGUGGACGUGGUCCCCACGCGCCAGAACACCAUGUGGCUGAUGGCGGACUCCGACCUGAUUGAGCAACAGCUCCCCGCCACCUAUUACGGCCAGUGCGCCGAGUUGUGCGGAAUAGCCCACGCCCAGAUGAGGUUCCGCGUCACGGUAAUGUCCGAGGAGGACUACCACGGCUGGGUGCGGGAAUACAGCCCGCCGCCCGCUCUGACCCCGCGCGCU